GUGUGAAAAAUCAAACACGAGCUCGGGUUGUUCACCGGAAACCGUGAAAACAAAAUAAAACGCGUUUCUGAAAGUGCUUUUAUUCUGAAGGGACCGGAAGAGUGUUUGCCGCUGGCAACUAGCUUCACAGACCCGGAAGUGACCGGAAACAAACAUCAAUCUGUCGGUAACUCGCUUGUCGGUCGGUGAGCAGCCGUACGUGUCCCGGUGUCUGUCAGCACGAGGACUCACGGUACCGAGCCGGUACCGGCAGUUUGUAACAGCCCCGGAGAUAAAACAUCGUCCGUUACCUUUAGCCGCAGUUAGCCUAGCCUAGCAGCGUUAGCUCGGUUGGACCGGAACAGACCGGACCCGUUUCCACCAUGGGAGCCCACCGCAGUGAGGGAGGCCGGGACUGGCUGCAGCAGGACGGGCCGGAGCCGCCGGAGCAGCUCCCGAAGCCGUGGAACUUGAUGAUCAAACACAGACAGAUUCACAGACGAGGACGACGCUCACACAUGACAGUCAGUUAUACGGAUCCUCAGGUGUCCAUGGACCUCCUGAGGGCGGUGCUUCAGCCCAGCUUCAACGAUGACAUCAUGGCCGUGUUCAGGAAGUACCAGAAGUUCUUUGAGAAAGCGGCGGAGAACGUGAAGGAGAACGUUGGAGAGGACGUUCAGACGGAUCAGCUGAUCAAAGAGGCCUGCAGGAACGUUCUGGAACAUGCCAAACAACUGUUUCCAGAGGGGGAGGUGAAGAGGCCGGGGUCAGAGGUCGCCAUCAAGAGAUCCAGAGCAGCUGACGAAGACUGCAGUCAGAGAGGAAGCCCCGUUCUCAAGAAGAGGAAGAACCGUGUGAGUGCUGCGGUCGUUUCUGAUCGACCUUUGACCUUCUCCAGUCAAGUGAAGCUGAAGUCUGAUCCCAUCAAGAGAGAAGGACCCAAGUGGGAUCCGUCCAGACUGAACGACAGCAGCACGUUUGUUCUCGGCUCCAGAGCCAACAAGGCGCUGGGGAUGGGCGGGACCAGAGGACGCAUCUAUAUCAAACAUGCUGACCUGUUUAAGUAUGCAGCAGAUGCCAAAGACAAACAAUGGCUGGCAGAGAGACACCACAUGAGAGCGACAGGCGGGAAGAUGGCCUACCUGCUGAUCGAAGAGGACAUCCAGAAUCUGUCUCGCAGUGACGAGUAUAAGGACUGUCCGGACGUCAGGAUGGACGAGCUGAAGCCGUUCUCGGUGCCGCUGUGGAUGGUGGAGAAGAUGCAGAGAGCCAUGGAGGCUCAGAGAGACGCCGACCCCUGACUGGUCAUGUGACCGGCAGGCUCUGAACUGAUUGGCUCCUUCCACUGUUUUUUUUUAUUUUUACUGUUUUUAAAAAAUGAAAUAAAAACACGUCUGACAGAUGAA